ACGCCUCUGCCAUAGUUCUCCCUACUACUAGAAGACGCCCCUGGUCGGUGUUGGUUCCAGUUCCUCUGGUUCGUGCUCAGGGAAACCUGUGUGGAUCAGAAAGAAUUAUCUUCGACGAAAGCGUCAUCCUCAUCCGGGCGGCGUUCACAGGCCACAUACCUGCCUUGUCGGCCACCCCAUCGCAACAAUGGCGUCUUCGUCUUUGCGCCUCACAGCUCUCGGUCUACUAUUGGUUUCCGUGCUGUGUCUUUUCCGACACAGCUCGGGCCAAGUUUUGGAGACGCCCACCCUGCUCGUGGAUCCCAUCGAGUUGAACGCGUUCUCCGCGGACGGCACCUGUCCAGCACCUCCGGGCGCCGAGGAGAUGUACCAACUACCCGGGGAGGCGAACACGCGUGUGUGCAACGCCACCAGCAACCCGCCGAUCAGUGUCAACACCAGCACGGCAGGAGAGUUCUGGAAAUCCGGUAACGACGUGGACGACAGCUCUAUCACCGUCGAAUUUGUUGUGCCAUUCGUGGUGAACUUUGUGCAAGUCACCUUCCUAUCACCAAUGCCCAGUGCACUGGUGCUGAGCGGCGAGUUCCAAACCGGAGUGUUCCGUCCGUUCAUGUACAUCGUCAGUGACGUGGCACAAUGUCAACAGCUCUUCGGUGUGGACCCGGCGUCAAAUCUGCUGCCCGACUUCAGCAACAUUGCUGAUCCGUUCUGCCAGACGUUCCUGGACAUCAAUCCCAACUCUCAGCAGACAUUUGAACUACGGUUGUUCAACGAGAGAAUUACUCUUAACGGAUCCGCUCGUAUCAACCCGCGUCAGAAUCCAGCUGUGAUCAACUUCUUCUCGGCAGGCCAGAUCCGCCUGAACUUCUCCUCAUUUGCAGAUCCAGUCUUCCCAUAUGUGGCAGUGGAGCAGAUCCAGGUUGGUGGCCACUGUAUUUGCAAUGGCCAUGCUACUGUGUGCAGCCUCCUGCCCGGCACAGAGGGAAAUAUCAUGUGCGACUGCCAACCACAGCGCUUCACGCAGGGUCUGCGCUGCGAGGAGUGCCAGCCACUGUAUAACCAGCAACUAUUCCGAACGGACGCACCAUGUGAACAAUGCCAGUGUUACGGACAUGCCAGUUCAUGUGUGUACGAUCCGAACGUCGUGGGACAAAGUAUCAAUAUCAACGGUGUCCUUUCGGGUGGUGGAUUCUGUCAAGGGUGCCAGGGUUCCACUACUGGUGUCAACUGUGAGCAGUGCAUUCCUCAAUUCUAUCAUCCAGGAGUACCAGUCAAUCUGACCACUGAUUGUGUUGCGUGCAACUGCAACACCGCUGGUCAAAUGUUCGCAUCUGGUAACUGCACCGAUGGAACGGGUGUGUGUAUAAAUUGCAAGCAGUUUGUCACUGGUGACCAAUGUCAACUAUGUACAAACAACUUCUUCAACUUGCAAGCCAGCAAUGCAGAUGGAUGCGAACCCUGCAACUGUUUUGAACCCGGAACAACCACUGGCCAGGCGUGCGACAUGACCAGUGGACAAUGUAACUGCAAGGCCAACGUGAAUGGCCGCACGUGCAACAUGUGCAACGAGACGUUCUUCGGCCUGGACGCUAACAACGUGGAUGGGUGCAUGCCGUGUGAAUGCAACCCCCUGGGCAGUUCCAGCGACGUGUGUGACAUGGACACGGGUGACUGUGUGUGUACCAGCACUAACAUCACCGGCAGACAGUGUGACAGAUGUAUUGAAACAUCCUUCAACUUCCCGACCUGUAGUGAUUGCGAAUGCUUCCUGGCCGGGCAAGUGGACCGGACCAAUCGCUGUGACAACAUGACGGGUGUGUGCAUCAACUGCAAGCAGAACGUAGAUCCAUCCAACAAGUGCGAAAUGUGCAGCGACAACUUCUACGACCUCCUCGACUCCGACCCACUGGGAUGCAAAGCUUGUGACUGUAAUCCUCAAGGCACCACAUCGGGCACUGUCUGCGACAAGAUCAGUGGUCAGUGUGUGUGCAAAGCAAACGUCAUCGGCCGUCAGUGUGACAUGUGCGCUGAUAACUUCACCAUGUUCGACAGUGAUCCCAUCACCGGAUGCAGUCCAUGUAACUGUGAUCCCCAGGGCAGUGUUUCACCAGUGUGCAACAAGAACAAUGGUAUCUGCAGCUGUUUUCCGAAUAUAUUCAACGACAAGUGCACCGCUUGUGUGCCAAUGUUCCAUUCUUUCCCAACAUGCACACCCUGUGACUGUGUGACGGCUGGUCAGUCAGGCCCACUUGGUGUCUGUGUUCAGGAAACUGUUGGCAUGUCUCAAGCUGGAGACUGUGCGCCGUGCAAGACAAACAUUGCGCUGGAUGCACUGCGCUGUGAGCGCUGCAACGACGUCAGCUUCAACCUACAGGCAGCCAAUCAAGACGGUUGUGAAUUGUGCAAUUGCUUUCUGGCCGGCACAGUCGAACGGAAUGCAUCAUGUGCCCAGAUGAGUGGACAGUGUAACUGCAAGCCCAACGUGAUCAACCAACAGUGCAGUCAGUGUGCUGAUCUCUUCUUCAACCUUCAGGAUAGCAAUACGGAUGGAUGUGAACCAUGUGCCUGCAACCCAGAUGGCAGCACUAGCCUGGUGUGCAACAAGACGAAUGGCCAGUGUCCGUGUCUCGAAGGACGCACAGGGAGACAGUGUGACCAGUGCACGGUGGAGCGUUUCAACUUCCCGACGUGCGAGCUGUGUAACUGCAAUGAGUUUGGACGUCUGGAUGUCAGCUGCACAGACCCGGACGGUCAGUGCAUGUGCAACACAACAACGACCGGUCUGAAGUGUGAUCAGUGCGCUAUGGACCAGUUCGGACAAGUCGGUGUUGGCGCCGGAUGUCAGCCAUGUAACUGUGUACUGGACGGCACUGUGAGCCGGAAUGUGAGCUGUGACAUGCAAGGCACCUGCGUCUGUCUGCCCGGAGUUGCCGAGCCAAAGUGUGGAAUGUGCCAGCCGACGCACUUCAACUUCCAGAGCAACAUGGGAUGCACACCAUGUAACUGCUUUCAGCCGGGUCAGCAAAACCCUUUCAAUGGCCAGUGUAAUCCAGCGUCGGGAGUGUGCUUGAUGUGCAAGGACAACGUGCAGGGCGAUCGUUGUGAGGAAUGCAUGGAUGAGUUCUUCAACAUUCAAGACAGCAACGAUGUGGGAUGUUCACCCUGUGAGUGCAACGCAUUUGGUACGGGUGGAAACAACGUUUGCAACAAGACAACCACACUUGGUGAAUGUACAUGCUUGGCAAAUGUGAUCGGUGUUAAGUGCGACACUUGCCGAUCUGGAUUCUUCAACAUCCAAUCAGGUGAUCCCGGCGGAUGUCAAAACUGUAGCUGCUUCUUGCCGGGCUCUGAGGACAACGCCUGUAACAACGAGACCGGCGUGUGCUCGUGUUUGCCUCGCUUUGCUGGUGCCACAUGCAGCCAGUGUGCUCCUGGUUUCUUCAACUUUCCCAAUUGCGAAGCAUGCGACUGCUCCUUGCCCGGUACGGUCAACCGUAACACCACGUGUGAGCCGGUGUCUGGACAAUGCGACUGCCUCUCCACACACGCAGACAGGCGAUGCGACAGCUGUGCCGCCAAUCACUUUGGAGUGCCGGACAGUUUCAACCUAGCUACCUCCUGCCGACCGUGUGAAUGCAAUCAGUUUGGAUCGAUCAACGCUACAUGCGAUACCCUCACUGGACAGUGUGUGUGUGUGGCAACUACUCGCGGUGUGACGUGCGACAUGUGCCAGCCCCGCCACUUCAACAUCACCUUCUCCGACGACGGCUCUGACACCUUUGGUGGCGGCUGCCUGCGUUGUGAUCAGUGUGUGGACGAUCUGCUGGACAGGGUUUGCAUCCAGGAGAGUGUGGUGAUAAAUGCCACUGCCCGUAUCAAUUCCACUGAGGUCGUUGGUCUCAUUGAGUCCGCCAAUGCUUUGCCUGGCCUGGAGGAUCGCUAUCGAAUACUGAGAGGUCAGACUAACACUUGGCGAGGUGCCCAGAUCGACCAACUGCAGCGUCUUCAGAUCCUUCGCAACAUCGAACUGUUCAUUCUCACCAACAUCAGCACUCGUGUUGCCACGCUUAGUGACUUGUCAGUCCUGGCACAGUCAGUGAGUGGCAGAGCUGUAGUCCAACGUGAUCGUAUCAAUGCCAUUGCCCAGAACAUCGAGAUCCUCUCACAGAACAUCAACGAUCUUUCCUUUCUGCUGAUCAAUGAGUUGAACAGUCUGCGCCAGACAAGGAAUUCAUCACAGGAAACAGUGGCAUCGGCAGAGUCUGUCUUGGCCAUCUCAUUUGCCGCGGAAAUGAGGAUGGUCACCUACGCUUAUGACAAUGCCACCAGAGUUGCCGCCAUUUCAGCCACUCAGCUUACUCGUGCACAGGGCAAUUACAAUGAGACACGGGAUCUGAUCAAUCGCCUGAACACCGCCCUGGCUACUAUUCGUGCUGAUGUCAUACGGGCACGAAUGAUCAUCGACCUUGCCGACAACAUUCCACCGGAUAAUGCCACCGAGGAGUAUAUCCUUGAAAUCGAGAGACUGUCACAGGAAGCAGUUCUAGGUCGCAGUCGCUACAUGGGAUCUAUUGCCCUGACCAGUGGUGCUAACACUGCAGCCUACAACUCCCUGGAUGCUGCUCAAGCUAGCCUUGAUAUGGUGAUGAGUGCGUUGCAGAGGAUUGUAGCCUACCUCCCACAGCUGAGUGAUCUGCGUAACAACAUUGUACGUGAUCUCACGAGCAACACACCGGCAACAACAUACUAUCUGGUGACCAUUGCUGAGGGACUGGUCGCAUCCAGGAGAACAUACACCUAUCAGAUUGAGAACCUUUUCAACAGCACUCAGCCGCACGCAGCUGACGCAGCCGAAGCCAUCAUUGACUAUCGCAUGGCCGACGAAGAUCUGGCCAACGCCACCACCCUGGUGCUUGCCGGAGAGAGCGCUUUCAAUGCUGCUUCCACCGCUGCUGGCAACACAGCUGCCACACAGCAGCAGGCUCAUCUGGCAUUGACAGCUAGCAACACACUCCUCACUUCUGCUACUGAUGUGUCCGCCCUCACUGGUCAGCAGGUUCUUCAGGGUGGUGCUAUUCUUCAAGAUAUAAGCCAGCAAAUUGAGACCGCUGCGCAAGCAUUGGCAGCUGAUUCCAUCGCUUGCAGCAAUCUCGGAGUACAAGUUGGCAACAACGGUGCCAUAAUUUCAACCCUUAUCGGUAACUUCAUUCCUCAGGCCGAGUGUGCUGGAAACGUCACUACUGAGCACCAGCCACGUGUCGAGCAGGCAUACCAAAACCUUAUUACAGCCGAGGCGACGGCUAAUGCAGCUGUGAGCGGUGCUGCACCAAUUGCGUCUGAGCUGGCAACGCUAGAGGCAAGACGUAUCGGUAUGGGCAAUGAAGUUGCAAACGUCACUGAUGGUGUUGCUCGUCUACAAGUGGCCGCUCAACAAGCUAACCAAUCACUGGAUGAUCUUCUAUCCCGCCUCGAGCGCAUCAGAGGUCGCCUUACCGUGGCUCAGACUGCUUACAGGGCUGCCAACUUCUGCUGCGAGUCACUGCGUCUUGAUGUCUGCCCCAACAAUAACAACCUGGUACGCUUGUCCACGCCCAGCAGUUUCAUUCGAUUCGACUCGGGUCACUCCGGUGCGCAGCCGUUUGACUUCAACGGAGACUUCAUUGAUCUUCAGUUCCGCACUCGUGAGGCCGACGGUGUGCUGCUGUACUUCUCCAACCAAAUGCAUAGCCAGUUCUUUGGCAUGGAGCUGCGCAAUGGCAAUACUAUAGUUGUGCGCGGUCUUCGAGCAGAUGGUGGAACGGCUAUGUUCAAUGUACCAGCUGCCAAUAAUGGAGUCUUCAAUGACAACAUGUUCCACUCGUUGAGACUUGCCAUCCUGGGCCCAGUGUACUUCUUGAGCAUCGACAACGGCCCCUUCCUGUUUGACAUGUUCAGCUCGCCUGGUGCAUUCACCAUCGCCGGUGCACCAUUGUACAUUGGUGGAACACCGCCAGGUGUCGUGGCCGUGGGUCUGCUACAGCCAGGAGAGAUGACUCGUCCAUCACUGAUCGGAUGUUUCCUCGGCGUGAUCUACAACCAGGUGCUGUUGAAUGUGCUUGAACCAAGUUUCAUCGGAGGCCAUGUUCCGUGCAACUGCACACUUGAUGCUCCAGUGCCAACAACUCCACCACCUGUCACCACUCCUCAACCAACCACCAUGGCUCCAACAGUAGGACCCACACUGGCGCCAUGUAUGAAUGUGACACCAGCCGCACUGGGACAGGGUGUACGUUUCAACGGUGCUGUGGCCAGUGAGACCUUCCUGCAGUUUGAACGCCAGCCGAACAGCAUUGCGCCGCUGAACUUCCAAGAAGGAGCCCUUGUCACAAUAUCAUUCCGUACAUUUGCACGUGACGGUGUGCUCAUGUACAUUGCCAAUGCUGACAACACACACGUGGUAGCGGUGGAGGUUAGAAAUGGCUACAUCAGCACAGUCAUCCAGGGUGGUGGUGCUGCCAGCCUGCGCGUGUCACUCACCAACGUAUUUGUCUCUGACGGCAACAUACACCAGAUUGACCUGUCCGCUGUCCCCAUUGGCGGUAACAGUGGUAUCAUCUUCUUGAUCGUCGACGACCAAAACAAUCCGGACAACAGCUUCCAGGUCAUCGACAUCAUUGGUGAUUCGUUCAACUUUGCCGACAGCAAUCUGUACAUUGGCGGUGCGCCGAACACACAGGCACUGCUGAUGCCUGGAGAAACUACUCGACCAGGAUUUGAUGGCUGUGUUCUUCAAUUUGUCCAACAAACCGUCUCACUGGACUUAUCGACAUAUUCAGCACGGCGUAACGUGGGCCCAUGCUACAGCCAGCCGAUCAAUGGCCUCCGCAUUCCCGGAGCGGGAUACGCACAAUUUGUUUCACCAGAUACCAUCACUACCAAUCCUCUUACCAUCUCCACUACGUUCAGUGCCAGUGCACGUGGUACCUAUCUUCUCCACGGUGGCAGCGCCGGUACUGGCACAGUUACCAUCUAUAUCACUCCACUGGGACUUGUGAACGCGAGAGUGACCACCGCCAACUCAGCCAGCACCACCGUCAGUGCCAGCCCUCCGGCGCCACUCUCCAACAUCUGCAGUGCAGACUUGUUCCAGGUCACAGUGACAGUUGGGGCAUCGUUUGUCUCCCUCAACAUUGGUGGUAACCAGGAGACAGUGCCAUUUGACUCAGCUGGCAACGGCUUCAAUCCAACGGGAACUCUUAUCAUUGGGCAGCCUCCAGCGGCUGUCAUAGCCCGUGAUGGACUGCCAGCGACACUGGCUGGCUUCCGUGGUUGCGUCAGCGGCGUCACAGUCAACGGUGAUACGCUAGACUUGGCUACAAGCUCUCGCGUUAAUGUCGGCAUUGGCUGCGGUCUGCCCUGAACCCAAUAUACACUAAAUCAUCCGGCAAGUCUAGCAACCAUGCUACUCGGAACGGAUGAGAACAUUUUACAUGUAGCUGCACACCUUAGGUUUAGCCCACAGAGCUCGACUCUUUCUCUUGACUCGCUCCAUCCUUGAAUCCAUCAUUGGCCAGCUCUCUCUCUCUCUCUCUCUCUCUCUCUCUCUCUCUCUCUCUCUCUCUCUCUCUCUCUCUCUCUCUCUCUCUCUCUCUCUCUCUUCUGACCAUGGCCUCUUCUUCUGACCAUGGCUACUUGUGAGCUACUUGCCACUUUCAUUCAAUACCGUAAGCUAAUCCAGAUUUUCAGACAAGCUGCAAGUUUUUUUUAAGUUGAUAUAAUGUCCCAUCGAAAUGCUCCGGGGACACCAGAAUGCUCUUCACAACAAAGUCACUCUAAUCUCUUACCAUCUGCACCCCUUCUGCUGCACAUCAUCACUCUGGAUGGAGAUCAUGAGCCCUGUGGAAUAGUUUAGCACACUUUCAAAUAAAAGCUUUUUUCAAAGGC